AUUCAGUGUCGAAUUCUUUGAGAGAACAGCUUGGGACAAAAAAUGGCGUCGGCUAUGAAAGCAAACAGCAUCGUGCGAUCGACGUGCCGAUUAAUCAACCAGAGACCGCUGUAUACGCCAUGCAUUGUUUCCUGCCGCAAUGUAGCAACAUACACGAGUCCCCAUCAAGCAUCACAAAUUUCCGUACUUCGCACUGCCGUCGAUGCCAAUGAUUCCAAGUUCCAGGAGAAUGCGUCAGCGAUGAGCGAGCUGAUGUCAAAUCUCACUUCCCUUCAUGAAAGUGCAGCUAAAGGUGGACCCGAGAAGGCCAGGCAGAAGCACAUCGAGCGCGGAAAGAUGCUCGUUCGAGAUCGAAUCACCGCUUUGAUUGAUCCUGGGACGAGUUUUCUGGAGCUGAGCGCUCUAGCUGGCCACGAGAUGUACCCAGGGGAAGAUGUGCCCGCAGGCGGGAUCAUCACUGGUGUUGGCACUGUAGAGGGUGUUAUGUGCAUGAUAGUUGCCAACGAUAGCACAGUGAAGGGCGGAUCUUAUUAUCCUAUCACAGUGAAAAAGCAUCUCCGAGCACAAGAAAUCGCGGCACAGAAUCGAUUACCAUGCAUAUACAUGGUCGAUUCUGGCGGUGCAAAUCUGCCGCGUCAGGCCGAUGUUUUCCCAGAUCGCGAGCAUUUCGGCCGCAUCUUCUUCAACCAAGCCAACAUGAGCGCUGCAGGUAUUCCGCAGAUCAGUAUAGUCAUGGGACUUUGCACUGCCGGUGGAGCCUAUGUCCCUAGCAUGAGUGACGAAAGCAUCAUCGUUGAGAAUCAAGGUACAGUGUUCUUGGCUGGACCACCUUUGGUCAAAGCGGCCACGGGUGAAGAAGUCAGCGCAGAAGACCUGGGAGGUGGCAAACUUCACACCGAGGUUUCUGGAGUAACAGACUAUCUUGCUGUCGACGAUGCACACGCAGUCGCUAUUGCAAGGCGAAGCAUCUCCAAUCUAAAUUAUCCCACGUCGCAGAACCCGUCCUAUAGACGCGACUGGAAAGAACCUCUUUAUGAUCAGGAGGAGCUUGGCGGCAUCGUAGGAACCAAUCUCAAACAGAACAUCAACAUGCACGAAGUUAUCGCUCGCAUAGUCGACGGCAGCGAAUUCUCCGAGUUCAAGCCGAAUUAUGGUUCCACACUUCUGACAGGCUUCGCAACAAUCUUUGGGCAUCCGGUCGGAAUCAUAGCAAACAACGGCAUUCUCUUCAGCGAGAGCAGCCUAAAGGGAGCACACUUCAUUCAGCUAUGCUGUCAGCGCAACAUACCUCUGAUAUUCCUACAAAACAUUUCCGGAUUCAUGGUAGGCCAAGAUGCUGAGAAAGGAGGUAUAGCAAAGAACGGUGCGAAAUUGGUGACAGCCGUUGCAUGUGCACAAGUGCCCAAGUUCACUGUCCUUGUUGGUUCUUCGGCUGGGGCGGGCAACUAUGGUAUGUGCGGACGAGCGUACAGUCCACGGUUUUUGUGGAGUUGGCCAUCUGCGAAAACGUCUGUUAUGGGAGCGGAGCAGCUCUCAUCGGUCAUGGCUGCAGUGGGAAAGAAGGUGGAUCCCGAAUUGAAGUCUCGUAUUGAGCACGAGAGCGAGGUUCUUUUCGCCACCGCAAGGUUGUGGGACGACGGUGUGAUCCCACCCUCUCAUACGCGAAGAGUACUAGGCCUUGGUUUGCAAGCUGCGAUGACUGGAAGUGUUGAGAGCAAGGACACAAAAUUCGGAGUUUUCAGGAUGUAAAUUAUGGAGAAUAUUUGAUGUUUAACGACGUUCCCCUGCACUGUCGAUUGUGAUAGCUUACUGACUUUCAAGAUUUCGUCUUAAUUGGGAAAUUUCUCCGU